GAAAUUCUUCAGUUCUUUCUUUAUAUGGUUUCACAGAAUGAAAAACAACUCUACCUUAUCCAGGAGAGGAAAUUUCUUCCUCCCACCCAGGCUAGGCAAGUCUGUCUUUCCCUCUAUGCUUUUAAAAAAUUAUCUGUCUUGUGUGUGCCUAAACUUGCUGCUGAAGCAUCCCACCAAGUGAGUCGCCACAUGUUCCUGUUCCUUGCAAUACUUCAUUUUGCCCCCCUUUCCUGCUUCAAAUCAGGUCCCAGGAAUUACCUCCACCCUCCCGCCCACGGGGUUUUUAGCACCUAGGCUCUGUGCAUACCGAUCCCCUGUGCCGAGGCUGAUGGCAGCUGUUCUCAAGUGCUGCCAGGUGGAUCAGCGCCCUCCUCCAGCUCUCCACAGGCCCCGCUAGGGAAUGUGUGUGAGGUGGGCAAGCCACUUGAGGAAGAGACCAGAAAGGAGAAUAUAGAAUAGUAGCUAAAGAGAAAUGGGUGACCAAAGCUGUUUUACAGUGGAGCUUUGUUCCUAGAGAAGCCUUUUGGCAGGGCAGGUAAGAAAUAGUGGUUAAUGGUGUACCUGACAGCAGCAGGGUGGAGAGUGAGGGGCUUAACGUUGUCACUGGGAGAAAGAGCAUUGGGAAGGCAGAAACACUUAAAAAACAAACCAGUGAGGUUUUGUAGAGGAUACAGAAGGCUCAGAAGGCGGCCAGCAAGGGGAGAGAAAGGUGAGGAAGCUAAGUAAUUAAAAGAUGCAAAAGAGAAGUUAUAUUGCUGGAAAAGAUUGCAAUGUGAUUUGAAAGACCUGAGGGAUGUCAUGCAGCAGCAAAUCUGGAGGUACAGAAGCCACUUGACUCACUAUGUGGUACAAGAAGUGUGCCAUGGAUUCACAUGGGCUUGUGAGUGUCAGGAGUCUGGUGCCUGGGUGUGUGGUGUAAAUUAGAGGUGGUGCAGCCCCCUCUGACAUCUGUGCUUCUCUUACUGCCUGGACAGUGUUGGAUGCACAUUUUACACAGGAUCUUUGCAUCUGCUUCCAUUUGUAAGGAAUCUAGCUGCUUCACAACACAAACCAAGCAACGGUGCUUGGGGAUGGGAAUAUUUUAAAAGGACAGCCCCGGCUUCAGACAAACACACCAAUGUAUUGGCAAAGGGAAAAUCUUUUGUGGACCAGCACGUCACUGUCUUGGAAGUUGUGCCCUAAAUGCUCUUUCCACCAAGGCUGGUUCAUUUAUUCUGUGGGAAGAUUAUAAACAAGAAGCUGGUAGGCUCCCCUGAGGUUCUAGAGUUAUUCACCUUUAUAUCAUCUGUAAUGCAUGCAAAAAGGCAAGAGAAGGGUGGCUGUAAGUGGUUGAGCUGGGUAUUUCUAAAAAAUACUGAAUUAAAUUAUUGAAAUUUGAUAGGCUAGAAGGAGAAACAGGAUUGUCUAUUGCAUUUCAAUUCUGUAGUUGAAUAUGUGCAAAGAUAGAUGACUUGUUACUUCACCACAGUGUAUUUUGUAACCCUGUAAUACAGGCUUUUUUGGUGAAUUUCUGAUAGAGUGGAGGGAGCAGGUUUAUUGUCUUGUCAGUCCUUGCCUGCUGAAACUUGCAUCUUCAUUUCAAAUGUGUUAUUAAAAAAACAAAUAAAAUAGAAAAAGCCCGACUUGCAUGUCAAGCUUCUCUUUAAUUAAUUUGUUCAAAUACCAAAACAAGCCAGUUAUCUCACCAUGAAAUAGAAAAUCUGAGUGAAUAAGUCACAGAUUUGUGCAAACAUCAGUUGGAGAAAUGCUUCAUGUGUAUUAAUAAGAGAAGAUUUUAGGCAGUCUGAAAAACACACCCACCUAGUUCUGUAUUGUAAUUUAUUGGCAGGACACCCUGUGAAAACCAGAUGUCACAUUGACAAGGUUCCUUAUUGGCAGCAUCUAAUUAUCUAACAUAUAUCAUUACUUAUCAUGUUUUUUUCUUUCUUCUCCCCUGGUGAGCAAACGCUUAUCAAUUACAAGGAAGUGGGUGGAGUUAGGGCGGGACAAAGGGUAGAAAUUACUUUUAUCAUUGAGAGUAUCAGUAGUGUCAGUCUUCAGUGAGCAACAGCCUUCUCCUAGAGACAGCUUUGGCUCUUAGAAUGUGUCAUUUUUCUUUGCCUCUGUCUCUUGAAGCUUGCUAGAUUCUCCACUACAGAUGAGCAUAUAUUCUCAGAAAGGCAGCUGAUUGUCAUUUUGGAGGGGCAAACAUGGAAGAAAAUAGAGAAGGUCAUGGCCUUGCAGAAGGCAAGAUUUUGUCUGUCUGGAUUUUUUUGUUUGUGGCAUUCGUUUUGUUGCCUUCGAUAUUUCGAGUGUCACUGGGGAUUUGUCAUUGCUAUGUGAAAAUUGUAAUUAAAAUGUUAGAGUGGGCCACCCUGCAGAUUGAGGAGGGAGUAAAAAAGCAGAAGGCGAUGGCACUUGAAAAUUUAAUCUCCACUGGGAUCAUCCAAAGAGAUGAGACUCCCAUGGAGAAGGAGGUUGUGAGCCGAUGCCGAGGAUGUUUCAGCCUUGCUGAUGUCAUGUACUUCUCCAAGAAGGGCUGUGAGGCAGUUGCGGAGGAUGAAGUCACUCGACGGUUCUCCUCUGAGGAGCUGCUGUCCUGGAAUCUCCUCAGCAGAACCAAUGCCAACCUGCAUCAUGUCAGCUGGAAACUGGCUGCUGUGUGGGUCACUGGCAUCCUAAUUCGGUAUUGCCUACUGCUGCCUUUCCGCAUCUGCUUGUCUGUUUUCAGCAUCCUGUUGCUGGUGUUGGCCACUACUGUAGUAGGACAAUUUCCAAAUGGCAGAGUUAAAGGCUGGCUGAGCAACCAGGUCCAGAUGAUAUGUGCCACCUUAGGUGUCCGAUGUCUCAGUGGCCUUGUUCAUUUCCAUAACAGGGAAAACAAACCACAGAAAGGAGGCAUCUGUGUAGCCAACCACACAUCUCCAUUGGAUGUCCUAAUCCUGGCCAGUGAUGGAUGCUAUUCCUUGGUUGGCCAGGUACACGGAGGGCUUAUGGGACUUAUUCAAAAAUCCUGCAUGAGAACCUCUCAGCAUGUCUUGUUUGAACGCUCGGAAAUGAAAGAUCGUCACCUGGUGAGGAAAAAACUUAGAGAACACAUUGCAGAUAAGGCCAAGUUACCCAUUUUAAUUUUCCCAGAAGGCACCUGCAUUAACAACACAUCUGUAAUGAUGUUUAAGAAGGGGAGCUUUGAGGUAGGAGGAACCAUCCACCCAGUAGCAAUCAAGUAUGACCCUCGCUUUGGAGAUGCCUUCUGGAACAGCACAAAGCAUUCCAUUAUGACCUACGGUUUUAAUGUGUUAACCAGCUGGGCAAUUGUCUGCAAUGUGUGGUACCUGCCACCGAUGGUCAAAGAGGAAGAAGAAGAUGCUGUUCAUUUUGCUGACAGAGUCAAGGCUGUUAUUGCUGCUCGGGCAGGAAUGUCUGUGCUUCCUUGGGAUGGAGGACUGAAAAGGAAAAAGAUCAAAGAGUCUUUCAAGGAAGAGCAACAGAAAAAAUAUUGCCAGAUAGUAAUAGAAAAUGGAUCUGUGGGAAGCGGAAAUGUUUGUUAAAUGCUAUUUAUUUAUCUCAUUUUUCCAUGACUUAUCUCUACCAGAAAAUAGACUGGCUUUAUAUUAAGCCCAACAUGUUUUCCUUCCAUUCCCAUAAGAUAUAUGCGUGUGACACAGCAGGGAAACAAUAAAGAAAUAUCCUUAUUUAAAGCAAAGUACUAUAAUUUUAUAAAUAGGAAAACAUAAAAUAUGCUAAUAAAAUUCUCCCUGAUGCUGAGAAGAAUCUACAGUAAAAUUAAUUAUCUUCAUUAAAGUAUGACUUUAAAAUAUUUGCAAUACCUUGAGGACUUAAAUGGUUACUUAUAAUAAAUCACCUCUGUACUGCUAGACUCUCUCAGCGACUUAGCCUAGCAAUACUCCUGUGAGCCACAGUAACCAUGUUGUUCUAGAGAUAGAUCUUCUGAUGUCAAAAGACAUGAAGCAUUUCGCCAAAAUAUGUUUUCUGAAUUGCAUGUUGGAGAGGAAGUGUUAUAUGUCAGAGGGAAAAGGUAGAGGCUGACUUUCUCCUCCAUGUUACAAGACCAGGGAUGGCAUUGUAGAAUAUUUUCUGUUAUGACAAAGAGCAGAACAGUGUCCAGGGCAUCAUGUCCCUGAUGUCCCUGGGUGUGUGAAGCUGAGGUAAAUUAAUCACAGCCAAGGACAGUGUAAUAGAAAAUAUCCUGUGUUUUUAAAUCAUAUCUUGUGGUUUUGUUAGAUCCUUUUUGAGUCUGUUUGUAUGCAUGACACAAAUUAAAGAAAGCCUAUGAUGUGACA